UCAGUUGCAUCACACCUCAACCAGUAGUGCCCUGAAAAUUUCCAUCCAAGCUAAAUUAUUCAAAAAAAUAAAGUCCCAAACUCGUGAAGCACGCCUCACUUGUAUCCAACACCAUGGCAUAUGUGGCCUGCCUAAGUCCAGCAUUGACCCAUCGCGCACCAUAACUAUUUUUUGACCAUCCACUUUGGUGGCAAACAAUGGAAGGGCACUUAUUAGCGUUUCGCGCCCAGACUUAAUCAACAUUCGAUGUAUAAAUACCGAUAACGGUAUUAUUUGCUUAUUAUUCACUAAUUGUCCACUCGGCGUUACGGUUGAGUACACCUCAGUCACUCCCUCACAUCGGAUCCACAAAAUGUUCGCCAAGGUGUUUGUCGUCACUCUCUGCCUUCUGGUAGCUGCGGUCAGUGCCAAGCCACACGUUCUGACUCCAGCCGUGGUAGGACCCGCGUUCGUGACCGCACAAAGUUCUCAGGUGUUUGCCCGUACCUACAAUGGAAUAGUCCCGGUGGCUGUGGCGGCCGCUCCUGCAGCAGUGGUGCCACCACAUUACCAUGUGCAUGCAGUGCCAUCGUAUGCUCCAUUCUAUGUGCAACAAGCUCCGGCAGUGUUCUCAUAUGCCGUGUAUGCUCCGGCCCCGGCGGUGGCCACAGCAGUUCCAGCAAUUCCGGCUACUCCAGCUGUGGUGGCCACUCCGGCCGCUGCCAAAGUAGUGGCCGCAGCUCCAGUGGCAAAAGUGGUGGCAGCACCAGUGCGGACAGCACCCUACCUGACGACCAUUCGCUAUCGCUCGGUUGUAGUCUAGAAGACUAGGGAUUGUGAUGUGAUGGGAUGGUGCGGAAAAGUAGAGUGAUUUAGUUUUUAAGCCAGUACCUAACUAGUCCAUAAUGCAUUAGGAAUACCAUACAAGAAUACACCAAAGUGCGAUGAACCAAAAAAAAGUGAUGCAGUCUGUUUCCAAUCAAGUCUGAUGACAUCAAGAAAGCGCCCUAUAAGGGUAGCGAAAGAAAAAUACGUUUUAUGCAUCGUACUUGAAGUUUAAUAAGAAAACUCGGAGCAAUAUUACUCAUCUUCAUCAAAUGUAGGGGGAUUAGGGGCAUAAUGGACACCCGGGGCGAAAUGGACACCCCUAUUUUUGCCGAAAUCGUUGACUUUUAUGUAAAACUUUUAAUGCAUAAGUGUAAAGGCACAAGUCAUUGUUCUAUUUUUCAAAAGUACCAUUAAUAUUCCUUCAAAAUAACUAAAAUAUCAUUGACAUUAAAGUAUGUUUUUCAUAUGGUGGAUUUCUUAUAAUUUCGAAACAGGAGCAAAUAAGGUAUUACGAGAGUUUGAGUGUGUCCACUAUUAAAACAAGUGAAUUGUUAGCUUAUUUACAUGUAUACGCAGAUUGAGCAAUGGAUAAAGUAUUAUAUUUUUGAUCAGAAUUUACUCAAAAUAGUAAUUUCAAUAUUGUAGUCGAUUCGGGGCGAAAUGAACACUGGUAAUUACGAAUGGAUGUUCCCGCAUUGCAUACUGUUAGGCGUUUUAGAGAGUUUGUAAAAAAUCAAUCCGAUUAUUUUAGCCUAAAGUUUAUUUAAUUAACUUUGAUGUUAUGUAAACUCGUCUAAGAUGGAGUAUUAUAUCUGUGGUAUUGAUCUCCGUAGGCAAAUUACUCAACUGGUCAAUGUAACCAAAGAUUUAGCAUAAAAUAUGCAGGGGUGUCCAUUAUGCCCCGAUGGGUGUCCAUUUCGCCCCGUACCUUUCCUGCCAACCCUGAAAAACACUCGGUUUAUAAUUCAUUAUUUCUUCACAAUAAUGACAUUCUACCUGCUGUAAAUGAUUGAAAGACGUGGGAAACAAGUUAAAGU